AAAGAAUAGGGUAGAUACAGCUAUACAAUUGGGGAUCGUGAAACUGCUGAAAACCCAACCUAUCCACCCGAGCAUUGUAGAGAAUCUAGCUCUUCGACUCUUCCGCAUUUUCCUCUGCAUUUGAGAAGGAAGAGAUGUCUCUUCUUUUACAAUUUCCACACCCUCUCUCCGUUUCCAACUCCACACCUUCUCUUCUCUCAUCCUCUCACCUUUCAACCCCAAAACAGAUCCUCUUCUCUUUCACCAACAGCAAAAACUUCCAUCCUCUUUCCCUCAGAUUUCUACGCACUGAAAAGAAGACGAGGCGCGGCGGGGGUACCGUCUGUUAUUCUUCGAUUGCACCCGACACCCUUCAAUGGGUAUGCACCGUUUCAUCCGCGGUAUUAAUGCUUACCAAGGGCACUGCAAUUCAAAAAUCUUUUCUUGUCCCUCUGUUUGCACUCCAAGCACCUUCAAGUGUCAUCUCGUGGAUCAAGGGUGAAUAUGGUGGUUGGACUGCUUUUCUGGCACUUCUAGUUCGUCUCUUCUACUUCAUUCCUGGUGAAUUGGAGCUCCCCUUCUUUGCAUUGCUUCUUGUGAUAGUUGUUCCUUAUCAAGCAAUGAACCUAAGAGGAACACAAGCUGGUGCAAUCAUUUCCUUGGCGAUAGCCGGAUUUUUGGCUCUGCAACAUUUCUCGAGGGUAGGCAGCUUGCAGAGAGCGUUCGACAAAGGAUCUAUUGUUGCCACCAUAGCCAUCAUCUGCGUCACUGCUGCUCCAUGUUUGCUUUUGUUCUGAUGUACGUUUGCUUUCACGAAGACGUUGACAUGCCAAUCCACUAUAGAAAAUGAACCAGGAGAUUUCACAAGAAAAUGAUCAGACCCUUGAGGACCUGGAAUACAUGCUUAAUAUUUUGAACUAAGUACCAUGGUAGAUGUGAAAAAUAAUGUACUGUGUCUGUGUCUAGAUGCCAAAAAGUAUGUAUAAUGUGUUCUUUUUAAAAAUAAUGGAAAAUAAACCAGACGUUUGAAGGUUUGGUUAUA